AUGGCUGUUACAGCUCUCUGCAGCAGACUGUGGAUGAAGAUGUUGGUCCUGCUGGUCGCACAAGCUGACUACAGUUACUUUGCUGGAAAAGCUGAUGCAGCUUUUCCUCGUGUUUCUCCAGACAGACUGCAGUUUUUUGAAUAUGAGACCAUCAGUAUAAGCUGUGAAGAGUCGGGGGGCUUGACCGAAUGGAGAGUGAUGAGGAAACCCAACACAAUAAUUCCAACAAAUUCUUCAAACUGCAACUCAUCAGCACCAUCGUGCACCAUUGAUCCUGCCUUUGAGAUACACAGUGGAGAAUACUGGUGUGAAGAUGCAGAGGGAAAAACGAGCGGUGCUGUCAACAUCACUGUCACUGCUGGUCCUGUGAUCCUGGAAAUUUCUGCCAGUCCUGUGGAGGAGGGAUACGAUGUGAUUCUUCGCUGCAGAAAAAAGAAAAGUCAGUCAAAACAGAUUGCAGAUGUCUUCAAAGAUGGUUUCCAUCUCGGGACCCAGUAUCAAAGCAACAUGACCAUCCAAAACGUCUCCAAGUCUGAUGAAGGAUUCUACAAGUGCAGAUUCUCUGGAGCUGGAGAGUCACCAGAGAGCUGGCUGGCUGUUUUAUGUCAAAGUGAAGCUGGCUUGGAAGAGACUCAUCCAUCUCACGGUCGCCCCCCCAGUCUCCUCUCCCUGCUGUGGAUCGUUGGAUGUGUGCCUCUGCUGCUGUUGGUGCUGGGACUGCCUCUCUCUAGGAAACACAGAGAUGAGUAUUUAUUUCCUAACCAGGGCCAGACGAGUCCAGAGCAGGUCCCAAACUACAUCUACCAGACCAGAGUGUCGUCUAUUCUUCAGUCUGCCACAGACACAGAUUACAGGAGGCCCAAUCCAGACACCAAUGUGAUAGCAGAAAUCCUUCAGUUCUUUCAAGAGUCAGUGGUUAAAGUCAGGACCUCAUGGUCAAAGAAUGAGGUCUUCUUUCUAAAGCAGCCGUGA